AUGGCUGCACGAUACCGUAAUAUUUCCUUACAGGCGGAUUUUAUGGGCACGGUGGGUAAGAUUCUAGUCGAUGAACAUUAUCCAACAGAAAUCGAUGAGCCACCCUUAUUCGAUAAAAUCGAAAGCAUUCGUUCAAAUGUCAAAUUUGAACAAUGUUAUGAACGGAGUAAGCUGAUAGGAGAUGGAAAAUUUGGAAAAGUUUAUUUGGUACGAGAAAGGGCGACUGGAACAGAAUUUGCAGCGAAAGUGAUCCGACUGAAACAGCAAGCGGAUCGUCAAGAAGUUGAACGUGAGGUAUCGAUACUAACACAAUUAAGGCAUCCACGAAUUGCUCAAAUCUACGACGCUUUCUAUACGGCAAAUAAUGAAGUUGUGCUUGUGAUGGAAAUAGUUCGAGGAGGAGAGCUGUUCGACAGAGUGGCUGACGAGAACUACGUUCUAACCGAGCAAGCUGUCGUGAUGAUAAUCUGCCAACUUUGUGAAGCAAUUGACUACAUUCAUGAACAAAAUAUUCUCCAUUUAGACAUAAAGCCCGAAAAUAUUAUGUGUGUCUCACAAACGGGGAAUAGAAUAAAACUGAUCGACUUUGGCUUGGCUCGAUACUACGAUGGAACUCAGGAACUUCGCUACAUGGCCGGCACACCGGAAUUUGCCGCUCCGGAGGUUAUUAAAUACGAACAACUUGACUUCAGUACGGAUAUGUGGAGCGUCGGCGUAAUCACUUAUAUUUUAUUAUCCGGGUAUUCUCCGUUCCUCGGAGAAAAUAUAUGUGAAACAUAUUGUAACGUGGAGAAAGGAGCUUGGGAGUUCACCGAAGAGUUUGACUCAGUCAGUGAGGAGGCAAAAGAUUUUGUAUCACGAUUGAUCGUCUAUGACAAGAGGAAAAGAAUGCUGCCAAAGGAAUGUUUGGCUCAUCCAUGGAUUGCAAAACAUAGAGCGAAAGCCAGUAGUGAUACGAUUUUGGAGGGACCAGCAGAAGGCCCAAUUAUGGAUAAAAAACAGAUGAUGCGGUAUAAUGCAAAACGAAAAUUCCGGCUAUUUUACGGCUACAUGCGUGUGAUCACCUACGUAAAAGUAUUGAUCGAGUUGAAUCGAUUAAGACGAACUGCAAUGACAUGUCGUAUGAGCCAAUCUGGUCAGAAAUACUUCGAAACUUUGCUGUUAGUGGCUGAACAGGAGAAACAAAUGGUGCAGCAAGGUAUUUCAAAGGAAAACUUGAGUGAAAUGCUUUUGCCAAUGAGCCCUGAAGAGAACGUGAGUGACGAUAAGCCAAGCAAGAUUGGAGAAGCAUCUACCAGUGGAGUGGACAGUGAAGGAAAGGAGACGCUAUCCACAGGCAGCAGAACACCCAGUGAACUUUCUUCGCCUGAGGAAACAUCUAAGAAUAUUAAAGCAGCACCAGCAGCGGCAACGAGGACGGACCUCAUCGAGACGGAGACACUAGAGCAACCUUCAAAUAAAAGGAAAUCCGCCAACAAAACUGAUCACAAAGAUCCAUCUGCACUCAAACCACCACUUCCUACUUCUCAACCAAAAGUUAAAGUACCAUCGCCAUCCAAUGAUAACAAGGAGUUGAAAAAAGUAGAACACGAAAAGAAACCGUCACUAGAGAAGAGAAUAUCAAUACCAGAAGUGAUCGUCACCGUUCCACCAGAGAAAGCUACGGCAAAACCUCUGAAGACAAAAGAUACGGAAAACAAAACAGAAAAGAAGUCGCCUUCGUCCACACUCAAGGAAGCGUCAGUGACUGAAAAUGCUACAAGAAGAACGGAGGUGAAGAAGCCACCUGCACUGAUUCUGAGAAAAUCUGCAUCGCUUGAAAGGGCUACUUUAGCUCAAGAGCAAACGGAACGAAGAUCGUUACGCGAGAAGAAGCCACCGUCGUUGGAAUCCCUUCCUGUCACGCAGCCGAAAUCUCCAGUUUCUGCUCCGAUCGAACCCUUGAAAUUCAUUAAAAAGCCCCGUGACAUUAGCUCUCGCGAAUCAUCAUCAGAAAGAAAGAAGAAUGUAGACGUUAAAUCUGAAGAUACAAGAAUACAAACAAGCGGUGAAGUGCUUGUCAUUCGAGAUGGAUCACUGAAAAAAGUUGGUAGCGGUAAAAAUAUUUGCGAAGCAACCACGGAAAAAAGUUUGGAAAAGACCGUGAAAGAAGCAGCUAAGACUGAGAAAGAAGGAGGAGAAUCGUUGCGUGUGAGGAAAUCAUCGGCUCCGGAAGCUAUUAUUACAGUGCCACCUAAAAAAACAGUGCUCGGCACACCACAGGCCACUGCCACCGAUGAGAACAGAACCACACCGAUGCGUAUGAACCGAUUCAGAAGUUCGGAAAGCGGUGAUAGCACUAAGGAGAAUCGAAGUACGGAGGAGAAGGCACCUACACGACAGGGAGCUUUGCGUAAAAAGGAAAAACCAGCAGAAAAUCCCCUGAUCGACUCUAUGUUUCCCGCUCCUCAACAAACAACUCUCGGACCAACACUUUCGAGGAAAAAGACGAGCACAGCUGAACCAAAGCCUCCUCCCCUCUCAACGGAGGUCACUCCACCUGCUGUAAAACAGAGCAGUAAGGAUGCAACAGAGAAGAAGGCAGUUAGUCCAACACCGCAUAAACGUGGAGGACUAGUUCAAGAGAAAUUGUCGAAGCUGCUAAACGCUACGAACGCAGCUGCUAAGGAGGAAAAAGUCAAAGUCUUCCCCAAAUCUCCUCUUAAGGACGUUCAUUCUCUAAAAAGAGAGCAAGAUACGAUCCAGGAACAAAAGAAGGCGAAGCUACUGCCUAUAACAACUGAAAGCAAGACGACAACUACCUUUUUGACAUCCACAAGCACAAAGACUAGAAUAGCUAAUACUGAAAAGAAGAUCCAGCUUAUAUCCCAAGGAAAGAAUAUCGAGGAAGUGGAGAGAACUAGUACCGAACAGGAUAAUACGAACGUACGCAAGAUCACUUUGAAGAAAGCCGAAUCGCAGGAUGUUCCUGGAUUAACUACAACAAUGAAGAAAAAUGUAGUGAAACAAGAUUCGUUACGAUCUACAGCCGAGAAGGAACGUGUCGAGGAGGAAUGCAAGGAAUCGGCGAAAACUGUGAAAACAGCACGAAGCGCUGUGUCGAAGCUCGUUGAUAAAGUGACAGUCGAAGAAUCAUCCAAAAUGAAUGGAAAGACGACUAAAUUGUCUAUAUCCGGAACGAAAGACGUUACACGCAAGGUUAAUGAGAAGGCCGAGGUGGACAUUGCAGCUGAGGGAAAAACGCAGAAAAAAUCUGAGGUGACCGCAAAGGAGAAGGUGAAAAUGUCAAUUGAUGUGGAAAAAGAUUCCAAUAAAGGUUCUAUAGGGAAAACAACAGUGCAGAAGGUCGUUAUUAAUCCAGCCUCUUCUCCAAGCAGUUCUAAAGAAGACCUGAAAGGUAACGUAUCUGUAAGGAUGAGAAAGCCAUCUCCGGAAUCGAAAUUACCAGCUCAUGAUCCGUCGAAAAUGAAAGAGAACGCGGCAGAAGUUAAGAAGAAUUCCGACACAAAGCUACCUACUCUAUCAAAGAAUGCUCCAAAUGAUGUGCCUGCAAUGAUUACCAAAACAACAUCCGUAAAAAUGCGUGAAGGAAGCAAAGACGGUGACGAAACAGAGAUAAAGAAGAAAAGAGCAACAAUUGCGUUCUCAUCGGAUUUUGACAAGAAGUCAGGAUUCGUGCCAAGGGAUGACUUUUCGUUCGAUGCACUCAAAGAGAAAUUGAUUCGUCGGGUUAGCACAGAUCAUACGAAACCAAAACCGAAGAAAGAAUGCAUACCAAUCACAAGUUUAAGUUCUGUCCGGGACCGACUGAAACAGUUUGAGAGCAAAAAGUAG